CUGCUUCCUCUUUUGUUUCAUACAUUCAGUAAAACAGACCGAGUCCAUAGCAGCCAAGCUAGGAGGAAGCAGCAGCUUCAGCUCAGCUCUCUCUCUUUCCAAGGCUGCUCCUACGGCCAAGGCUAAGCAUCAGCCUCCAGCCAGUUAUCCCUGCACUGAUACUGUUACAAUUCUCCGUUCCAAACACCACGUUCUACGUUCUCAAUAUUAAACAGCUUCUGUUUGUCCACGAAGCGGAUACCCUUUACUCCCAAGAAAGCAGGGGGUGUAAGUUGGGAUGUGUGGCCGUUGAGGGCUGCUGCUGUCAUUGCUUUGCCCACUCUGGAAACUGGUUUCCUCCCCCACUUUCUCUCCUAUGCCUGCAGGGAGUGGCUGAUCACAGAGCUAAGGCAGACUGCAGGGCAGGGCUGAUGCUAGGAUCCCUCUUCUAAAGUGGUGGCGGUGGGCGCUGGCAUGCCAAGAGAUCUCUAAAUAUGGAAGGUGGUCUCCACUGCAGAGAAGCCUGACAAACCCUAACUGUUUGUGAGCUGGACUGAGACCGAUUGCGUUUAUUGCUGUAACAAUGCUGAAACCAAGUGGACUUAAAAUCCCAGGGAGGGGAGCGAAGCACUCCAGUCCGGUCGGCAGGUCUUCUGCAGGAGCAAGUGUUACAGGUGGCACCAGCUCCAAGGAAGGUUCUCCCCUCAAACAGGGUUCCACCUCAUCAGCUGGUCCUGAAAAAUCAAGCUCAAAGAUCACUGAAGUAGGGGAUGAGUUCCUAGGAGACUUUGUAAUUGGUGAGCGUGUAUGGGUCAAUGGAGUUAAGUCUGGAGUCGUACAAUACUUGGGAGAAACCCAGUUUGCCCCAGGGCAAUGGGCAGGAGUUGUUCUCGAUGACCUUGUAGGAAAAAAUGAUGGGUCUGUAAGUGGAGUUCGCUAUUUUGAAUGCCAACCGUUACAAGGGAUUUUUACACGGCCUUCUAAGUUAACUCGACAGCCUGUAGCAGAUGGUACUGGAAGUGACUCUCAUUCUGUGGAAUCCUUGACAACUCAGAACUUAUCCCUGCAUUCUGGAACUGCCACACCACCCCUGACUACCCGUAUUGUGCCUUUGCGGGAAAGUGUGCUCAACAGCGCCAUUAAGACAGGAAAUGAGUCAGGAUCAAAUCUCUCAGACAGUGGGUCAGUUAAAAAGGGAGACAAGGAUCUACGGACUGGAGAUCGUGUUUUGGUGGGCGGCACAAAGACAGGAGUGGUUCGCUAUGUUGGAGAAACAGAUUUUGCAAAGGGAGAAUGGUGUGGAGUUGAGCUGGAUGAGCCUUUGGGCAAGAACGAUGGUGCAGUGGCAGGAACCAGGUAUUUUCAGUGUCCACCAAAAUUUGGGCUAUUUGCCCCCAUUCACAAAGUCAUCCGCAUUGGGUUCCCAUCCACAAGCCCUGCAAAAGCCAAGAAAAGUAAGAGAAUGGCAAUGGGAGUGUCAGCAUUAACACACAGCCCCAGCAGUUCCUCCAUCAGUUCUGUGAGCUCUGUGGCAUCUUCUGUUGGUGGAAGGCCCAGCAGGAGUGGCCUGCUCACAGAAACCUCAUCUCGGUACGCACGAAAGAUUUCAGGAACUACAGCCUUGCAAGAAGCUUUAAAGGAAAAGCAGCAGCAUAUUGAGCAACUGUUGGCAGAGAGAGACCUGGAGCGAGCUGAAGUGGCCAAAGCCACCAGCCACAUUUGUGAAGUGGAGAAGGAGCUCACACACCUGAAAACUCAACAUGAGCAGUAUAUUACAGAGGCAGAGAGCAAUCUCCAGCGUGCUCGAGCACUGGUGGAAACAACACAGAAAGAGAAAAUUGAACUACUCAAUCAACUAGAAGAAGAGAAAAGGAGAGUUGAAGAUCUCCAGUUCAGAGUGGAAGAGGAGUCUAUCACAAAGGGAGACCUUGAGACUCAGACGCAGUUGGAGCAUGCCCGAAUUCGGGAGCUCGAGCAGAAUCUACUGUUUGAGAAGUCAAAAACUGCAAAGCUUCUCAAAGAAUUAGAGGACAAGAGGCUUACAACUGUAGCAGAGCAGUCUAGGAUCAAUCAGUUGGAAGAGGAACUUAACCUUCGACGUAAUGAGAUUGAGGACCUACAGCACUGCUUGUUGAACUCAAGUCAAACAGAUAUUCCUGAGCACAAUCUUGGUUUGCAAUCUGAGGCCUUGCGUCUACGUGAUAAACUGUUGUCAGCCAGCAAAGAGCACCUAAAAGAGAGCAGUCAACAGAGAGACAAGUACGAAAAAAACAUGAAACGAUAUCAGCAAGAAGUUGAAAAGCUGAAAAGCUUGAAUGAGAAACAUGUCCAGGAGAUUUCAGAUUUGAGGAAAAAACUUGAGCAAGCUACAAAUGAGAAUAUGGGAAUGAUGGACAGUUGGAAAUCUAAAUUGGACACCUUAGUCUCUGAUCAUCAGAAAUCUUUGCAAGACUUGAAGGGGUCCUUGGUUACUAGUCCUGACACUCAAUGCAAAGAACUUGUAGAGCUCAAAGCCAACAUAGAAAGUCUAAAAAUGGAACAUCAACUUGAGUUUGAGAACUUGAAAGCCAAGCACGAGAUUGAAUUAGCAGUCCAUAUUAAGGAGAAAGAGAAUCUAAAAUCAAAAAUGCAAGAGAUUAAAGAGGAAGUUGAAGAAGGCAAUGAUAACUGGAAAACACAGCUAGAAUCAAAAACCAAUCAGCACCUCAAAGAACUCCAGGAUGUUAAAGAUAAAUACCGGGAAGCAGAAGUACGAGUGCAUGAACUUGAAAAGCUACACAUUGAAUACAAUGACCAGACACAAUCCAUUGCCUUCUUAAAAGAACAGAUCUCAACUGCAGAAAAUAAAAUGCAGGAUUAUGAUACCCUUCAGAAAGCAGAUAUACGAAAUAAGCAGGAGAUCCAAAAAUUACAGGAAAAAAUACUGGUAUUGGAAAACAAGUUGCAGUCCAUGGAGGAUCUUCAUUCUUCUCAAAAUGCAAAUAUGAUAGAAACCAAUGAUAUUUCUGAAGAAAAAAUAAAAAUGAAAAAUGCACUAGAAGAUUUGCAGUUGAAGCUCACCAAACGAGAUAAAGAAGUUUCAUCCAUGUCUUCCCACAUUGAAGGGCUUAGGGCUCAAGUAACCGCUCUAGAAAACAAAUGCCGGUCUGGAGACAAAAAAGUAGAUUCUUUAGUGAAGGACAAUAAAAAACUGGAAGCGGAGCUAGAAGCUUUCUCUAGAAAAUCUCAUGAUUCUUCUGGGCAGUUUGUCAUUAUCAGCCAUGAUUUACUGAAGAAAGAGCGGAGUCUUAAUGAAUUGAGAGCACUGCUCCUGGAAGCCAAUCGACAUUCGCCUGGUCCAGAAAAAGACUUGAGCCGAGAGGUUCAUAAGACAGACUGGAGAUCUAAAGAACAGAAAUUAAAAGACGAAAUAAAAGUAUUAAGAGAAAAACUAAUGGUUUUGGAUAAAGAAAAAGCUGUAUCAGAUCAAAGGCGAUAUUCAUUAAUAGACCCUUCCACUGAGUCAGAAGUUCUACGGUUACAGCACCGUCUGGUCAGCACUGAAGAUGCCCUCCGUGUUGCUCUGGAUCAGGGUCAUCAAAUGGAAAAACUAAUGGAGGCCAUGAGAAACAGUACAGAGAGGUCACAGGUGACUGGUAACUCAGGUUCAGCCAAUGGGAUUCAUCAACAAGAUAUAACGCAUAAACAAGAGGAAAAUCAUUGAUAUCCAUCAAGAGCACAGCAUAAUAUAUGUACUUUUGGCAUGUAUGGAUGGAAACCUUCUAGUAUGGCUGCCGUAACAGAAAGAGUUUAUAUAGUAUUUUGGUUUGAAAGACAUUGUUGAUCAUGUAAUACUAGAUAUUCUGAGGACAAUCAUUUGGAGUGCACCACUCAUGACUCUAAACUCAUGAGGUACCAAGAAAUGAAACAUUGGACAAAAGAUCAUGCAUUUUCCAAUUCUAGAAUUAAUCUUGCAUUAACCUUGACAUGCUGGACCAAGUCACUCUACCCAUACGUAUUGUAUAAUCCGGACAUGAUCUCAUUACAAACAUCUCAAAAUGACCCAGUUAUUCUACCUGUUAUCUAGCCUUCUAACAUUUUGAAGGCUGAAUGCAUUCAAUAUUUUUUUGUAGCUGAAAUGCAGGAAAAAAAAUAAAAAAACAAAAAAACAAUGACCAAUAACAAGCCUGCUCAAAGGAUGAAUGUACACAAAAAGUAAAACUACCAGGUUACAUUUAAAAAGUGCAGGAGAAUAGGUGAUAAGAGGUGUUGUCCUCUUGCACUUUAAGAUAUUUCAUAAAUGGAACUGCAUUACAAAUCAAGGGCCCCAAUUCAUUCUGAAAAAAUACCUUCUGCCAUUGCAAAGCAACGUUUAAUUACAGGAACGGUACACGUGCGUCUUUAUUUUAUUGUAAAUGACUUAUAUUAUUGUUAUAAUGUCAGUUGUUCAAACUAUAAGCUAAACAAUGUUCUCUUUUUUUUUUUUGUACGUUACAAGAUAAAGUACAUUUUAUUAUUUUGCAAAUAAGCAAAUAUGGUCAGUUAUCUCAGUGAUGCCUAACACCUGGUUCUUGUAUAAUUGUUUUUUUUUUCCUAAACACUGCAAAACAUUCUUCACAUUAAUCACUGAGUCUUUAUGUAGCCCAAACAGUUGAUGUAUGUCUUUGCUGUUCAAUAUGAUUCUUCUUUUUUUUUUUUUACACAUAGCUUACAGAUAAGUGUAUUUCAUUUUAAAAACUCUAAACACUUUAGAUUUUAAACACAAACAUAUAAACUUUGCUUUUUUAUUGUUGUUAUUUUUUUCUAGUGUAAAGCAUUAUUUAUCUAAUUUAACUUAACGCAUCAAUAUAUUUUAGGGUUGGAGCUGGAUUCUCUUAGGUGCUUCAAACAUAAAAUAAAACUAAUUAUUUUUAAUAAAAAUAAGAAUGUAACUUGUCUUUUGGAGAAGCAGGAUUAUAAAGAUUACAGUAAAUUCAUACUAUAGCUUACAUUAGAGCAAUUGCUGUAUUUGAAUUCCAUAAUGACUACACAGAUUAAUUGGGAUUCUAAGUAAGAGAUUGAAUAACUAGUUGCAUCAAAUCAUUUUCAUUUGACAUUAAAAUGUUUCUAGGCAGACCUCUAUAUAACUGUGGGCUAGAUAUUUGUAUAUGUCUAGAACAGAAAUGUACCUGUCUACAGAUUCUGGAAUUUGAAUGUGUUAGUCCCACAGCAAUGGCUAAUUAUUUGGGCAAGUCAUCCCGUAGAGCUGUGACAGGCAAUCUUUAUAUUACUACUCUGUGAUACUGCUUUCUCCAAAGAAAUAGGUGUUGCAUAUUCUUUGUUGUAAAAUAAUACGUAUUUAGGCAAAUUAUCCUUUAAUUGCAGUGCAGUUAAUUAUAUGCUAAUUACCCAAUAAAACUUGAACUGACUGCACGUUAGGGAAAACAGGUUAUUGUAUCUAAACCACAAAAUGGAUCAAGUAGCA